ACUUUCCAUAAUUACGAAAUUUAUUUCCGUUACAAGCUAUUCCUCUUCCCCUCUUCUUUCUCUUUCUCUCUCCUCUCACAGCAAUCAACACACUCAAUCUUCCUCUCAAGGAAUCAAUCUUUUUCUUUGACCCCUAAAAAAUUCUUAAUCAAAAUCAUCAUUUCAACCAAAAAUCUUGAAUUUCUUUAAUCAAAAUUUUCAAAAAAUUAAAUACUCUGUUUUCAAAUCUGGGUUCUUUUUACUCCAGAAUCUAUCAAUGGCUCCAACACCAAAUUCAUCGUCAAAAUCAAACCAAACCCAUUUCAACAUAAUCCGAACUCCGCAAUCCAAACAGCGGCUUCAAUUCAAUUCUUCAAGAGUACCUCACCCUUCCCCAAACCCUAACCAAAACCCUAAUUCCCAACCUGCAGAACACCCAGUUGAAGUGAUUGGAAGAGUCAGAAAUCUUCCUGAACCAUCAAAAGAUGACAAACUCACCACCAAUCUCUUCCAUAUCAACCCGGAUCACCAUUCAAUUCGGGUCAAGACUGAAAUUGGAUACCGUGAUUUUACCCUUGAUGGGGUUUCUUCUUCUGAGGAUGAUGACCUUGAAGGGUUCUACAAGAAGUUUAUUGAGGCUAGGAUUCUUGGGGUUAAAAUGGGUGCUAAAUGUACUAUAAUGAUGUAUGGGCCGACGGGUUCGGGUAAGAGUCACACCAUGUUUGGGUGUCUGAAGCAGCCUGGGAUUGUGUAUAGGAGUUUAAGAGAUAUUUUGGGGGACAAAGAAAAUGGGGAAGAACAAGUUGGGAUGUUUGUGCAAGUUUCUGUGUUGGAGAUUUAUAAUGAGGAAAUUUAUGAUCUUUUGUCUUAUGAGAAAGGUGGUGGAUCUUUUAAUCUUUGGUCCAAGGGCAGUGCUUCUAAGGUAAAACUAGAAGUGAUGGGAAAGAAAGCUAAAAAUGCUACAUUUAUAUCUGGAAAUGAGGCUGGAAAAAUCUUGAGGGAGAUACAAAAAGUGGAGAAGCGAAGGAUUGUUCGAAGCACGAAUUGCAAUGACAGAAGUUCGCGGAGCCACUGUAUGAUAAUCUUGGAUGCUCCGACUGUUGGUGGAAGGCUGAUGCUUGUCGACAUGGCGGGAUCAGAGAAUAUAGAACAAGCUGGUCAGGUUGGCUUUGAAGCCAAAAUGCAGACUGCAAAGAUUAAUCAAGGUAAUACAGCUUUGAAGAGAGUUGUUGAGUCAAUUGCUAAUGGUGAUUCCCAUGUACCAUUCAGAGACAGCAAGUUAACUAUGCUUCUGCAGGAUUCUUUUGAGGAUGACAAGUCAAAGAUACUGAUGAUUUUGUGUGCAAGUCCAGACCCGAAAGAGACACACAAAACAAUCUCUACACUCGAGUAUGGAGCAAAAGCGAAAUGCAUUGUCCGUGGUCCACAUACACCUGUCAAAGAUAAGAUCAACGGCGAUGAUUCUGCUUCUUCUGUUAUUCUAGGAUCCAGAAUCACAGCAAUGGAUCAGUUCAUUUUGAAGCUAACAACGGAAAACAAGCAGAGAGAGAAAGAGUGCAGUGAAGCAAAGAAGUUGCUUCAGAAAAAAGAGGAAGAAGUUUCACAGUUGAGGGCAAAGUUCCAGCAAGUGGGAGGAGAAGAAAGAGUCUCUGGUGGUGCUAGUGAAGAGGAGAUCAAUGAGAAAGUCAAUGAACGUAUGCAGACUUUGAGGAAGGAACUCGAGAAGCAGUUAGAAGAGUGCAAAAGAAUGGCUAAUGAGUAUGUUGAGUUGGAGAAAAGGAGAAUGGAAGAGAAGGUACAAAGACAACAACAAGAAGUUGAGAUGUUGAGGCGAAGAUUAGAGGAAAUGGAGGUUGAGUUAUCUCGUUCCAGAGAUGUAAGCAGUGGAAGUAGUAGUGAUGGAAGUGGGGUCGAUUUGGAUAGCAUUGGUCUUGUGAGAAGACUCAAGGAAGUGUAUGCUGAUGAAGAUCCGGGAAUGGAGAAGUCAAUGGACUUAGAUAUGGGUGAUCAAGAUUCAUAUGCUCGUGAAGUGAUCAUAGGACAGGGUUCUUUCACUCCUAUACUUGCUGAAAAGACAUAUUUGAGCACUGUUUACGAGGAGGAAGAAGUGGAAGGUGAGGAUGAAGAUGAUGAGGUAGAGAAGAAGGUUAUAGAGGAGAAAAAAGUGUCAACAUCACCAUUGGUGGUUAGUGAUGUUCAGCUCACUCCAUCUUCAAGGAAAACAAGGAUUCAGAACAUUUUCACCUUGUGUGGGAAUCAAAGGGAGCUUUCACAAUCACAACGGCCUCCUCUGUUUUCUGAAACUUCAUGUGAUCAAUCAACAAUGGAGCACAGUCCUAUGACCACCACCCCACCUGCAACUCCUGAGUCUGUGAAGAAAAACCUGAAUCUGUCACCAAAGGCCACACCAGAGCCUAUGAAGGAAAACUUCAACCCAUCAGAAGCAGCAAAUAAUGAAAGUAGUAGCGUUUUGAUUGAAGUUUAUGUUAAAUGGGAGGCAACAAAGGAAAACCCAGGAAAGUUUGUCAACAAACUUAAGGUUGUCAGAGAUGCAACCUUGGCUGAUUUGAGGAAACUCAUUGAGAUUCAUCUUGGGAUUGAUAAGCAGGACUUUACUUUCCUGUCAUUAGGGGAUCCUACUGGAGCUCCAAUCUUGAAAGAAAAGGAAGAGAAUGUGUUAGCGAGUAAACUGCCUACGUGCAACAACCAACUUGGAGGGCAUUUAGCAUGCUUGCGGCCAGCUAAAGGCGCUCAAUCUCCUAGUGUUGUUCCAUUUACUUCCUUGGAAAACAGACUUCAUACAACAACAACAACAACACCAGUUUCCUGUGCGAAGAAGAUAGUUAAUGAUUGUUUAUCACCUAGCAUAGACUCUGAUUUGGGUUCCACUCCCUAUAUUACUCAUCGUCGAUAUUGAAAGGGUACAUUAUGCCUAUGUACUCUUGUGUUGUAUGAACAACUUUUGUAUCACUGACUAAUGUGAAAUUUAUCGGUAUAUAUAUUGUUCUUUUGGCUAAA